CGGCCGUAUCAUCGCCGUUUGGAGGUGCUGUGGGCGAGCAAUGCGUUUUUCAUGGUGGUCGCAUUCAUUUUGGCCAUAAAGCUUUAUACGACCGACUGCAGAGAUCCUUCUCUGCAAGUAUAUUCACCGGCGAAUGGAGCCGUUUCAUACAUUGCUGAACACAAAUUCACACCGGCACUGGGCAAAUUGACCGAGUACAUGGGAUAUCCAGAUGACGAAACAGACAGAAAGUGGCAAGAAUUGUAUCAGUAUAAUCGGUCGGUGAUCACGAAGGAGGAAGCAAAGCACUUGUCCACGCCCACCAUGGCCCUUCCGGGAACUGAGGAUUAUCUCGUCGAACUCGAGGUAUAUCAUCAGCUACAUUGCCUGAAUGUACUUCGGAAACUGCUCUAUCCGGAGAGAUAUCACUUGCUGGAGCGAGUGUCAUGGAAGAACGGAACGAUCAAUAGAGAGAGCUAUGGUUUCAAACACUGGGAUCAUUGCGUGGAGACGCUCCGGCAGACGCUGGUUUGCCACGCUGAUGUAGCACCGCUCUCCUGGCACGUCAACGUACCAUUCAACCGAGGCAUCUACCCAAGAUUGGCCUCAACGCAUACGUGCAGGAACUUCUCCCAGAUCAACAAGUGGGCGGAAGAACACCAAGCGCCGGAAUUCACGCAAAAAAUCAAGAACUUCACGGAGCUUCAGCAGAUCAUUGAUGGUACGGACAUCGAUCACUCCACGGAGGAAGAUCUGCAGGAUAAGUAUGAGUUAUUUCCUGGCGAUCAGUGGUUCAAGCACUGGCGUGAGAAUCCUUAUGAUGGG